UGUUCCGGCGCCAGGAGGAGCCGCGCGUUGCUGCCGCUGCUGCCUCUGCUGUUGCUGCUGGUGCUGCCUCCGCUGCCGUCAGUCAGGCUCCGCCUGGUUCUUCCUCGCCCAUUUCCCUCUAAACCAUCGCCGCUGCUACAUCCUGCUGCGGGCUCGGAUAUUGCCAGGAAAAUGUCUGAUGAAUUUUCGUUGGCAGAUGCACUACCUGAACACUCCCCUGCCAAAACCCCUGCUGUGAGCAAUACCAAACCUGGUCAACCUCCUCAAGGCUGGCCAGGUUCCAACCCUUGGAAUAACCCAAGUGCUCCACCUUCUGUGCCAUCUGGACUCCCACCAAGUGCAACACCCUCCACUGUGCCUUUUGGACCAGCACCAACAGGAAUGUAUCCCUCUGUGCCUCCCACCGGACCACCUCCAGGACCCCCAGCACCCUUUCCUCCUUCUGGACCAUCAUGUCCCCCACCUGGUGGUCCUUAUCCAGCCCCAUCUGUGCCAGGCCCUGGCCCCACAGGGCCCUAUCCUACACCAAAUAUGCCAUUUCCAGAGCUACCUAGACCAUAUGGUGCACCCACAGAUCCAUCUGCAGCUGGUCCUUUAGGUCCAUGGGGAUCCAUGUCUUCUGGACCUUGGGCACCAGGAAUGGGAGGGCAGUAUCCUACUCCUAAUAUGCCAUAUCCAUCUCCAGGGCCAUAUCCCACUCCUCCUCCUCCCCAGGCACCAGGGGCAGCACCACCUGUUCCAUGGGGCACUGUGCCACCAGGAGCCUGGGGACCACCAGCACCAUAUCCUGCCCCUGCAGGAUCAUAUCCCACACCAGGACUCUAUCCUACUCCCAAUAAUCCUUUUCAAGUGCCUUCAGGACCUUCUGGUGCUCCGCCAAUGCCUGGUGGCCCCCAUUCUUACCAUUAAGUUAACAGUGGAUGAAGAGAUGGCGCUUUGCUUUUUGAAGUACAUAUAUAUGCAAAUGAAUGCAUAUAUAAAAAUUGCUGGUUUCACUAUUCUUAGAGGGCAUUCAUGAAAGAACAACUCUUGCACCUCUCAGAAGAUAUCUGCCUCUUGGAUGUGUAGUACAAAACAUAGAAGAUAAAAACAUAAAAGUAAAUCAUUCAGGUGUGAUUUUAUUUGGUUUUCAUGGGGGGAAAAUGAUUAAAUUGAAUAGCUCUUUGAUACAAUUUGUUUGAAUUAUGAAACUACACAUUUAAAAAUCUAAGAUGAUAUGGAUUAUUGUUAAAAUAUUUUGCCAAUGAAGUUGCAGAUUUUAAGUAU